AUAGUUCUAUUAAAAGCAGUAUGGACUCCCAAUGCUAGUCUGGAUUGUAGUAAGUUAUAUUAUUGAAUGACUGACUGGCUUGUAGGUUGUGUUGUUGGUUGAGAUGUUUCUUUUAUUAAGCUGAGUUGAUACUGGAAUAAUAAUUAUCAUGUCGGGAGAUGUUAAAGAUAGACCAUCCUGUUGUUAUGAAGACACAAGUUGCUCCAAUACGGACUGCAACCCAAUGGCCCUCUGGGCUAAGGCUCAGCAGCUCCAGGGAGAUGCACUCCAGCAAGUGCGAUCUGUGUAUGGGGAGCAUUUCCCCAUUGAAGUACGCCAUUUCCUUGCUGCAUGGAUUGAAGAGAAAAUGUGGGAUCUGGAUCCAGAAAAUCCCCAGCAUGAACAGUACGUGACAGGAUUGGUUGGGUCACUAAUACAGGAAUUAGAGGCAAAAGCAAAUACAAUGACAACAGAAGAUUUAUUUCUUACAAAGUUGAAGCUAAUUGAGGCUGCCAAUAUGUUCAGACAACGGUACAGUCACAAUCCCCUGGGCCUUUUCCGCAUCAUCCGACACUGUCUCAGUACAGAGAUGAAGUUAGUCCAGCAAGUUGAAAAUGUAAGUUACUGA